GCAGACGUUCGCCUCGACCCUCUUACCGCUCACCGUCGCCUGCUCCUGUCUUCGGACGGUCGCCGCGUACGUUGGGCGUUCGGCACCCAAGAUCCUCCGGCGUGUCCGGAACGUUUCGACGCCUCUCCCUGUGUCCUGGGCCGACCUGGAUUCACCUCUGGAAGACACACCUGGCAGGUAGACCUGGCCGACGGCGAUUUUUGCGCCGCCGGCGUCAGUCGCGAAUCGUUGCGACGCCACGAGCCGCUCAACUUCUCGCCGCGCCACGGAGUCUGGGCCCUGCAGCGAUGGGGACGAGGGGGAAGAGCUCUCACCUGUCCUCCCACACCUCUGCCCACGGCCCCGAGGAGAAUCCGCGUCUCGCUCGACUACGAGCGCGGAAGAGUCGCGUUCUUCGACGGAGAGAAGCAUCUCUUCACCUUCCCACCUGAAAG